CUCUGUCUCUCUCUCUCUCUCUCAAAAUCCGAAGCCAUAGCUCCCUUGCUAUAAAACAAGACGCUGUGUUCUGCCUGCUCCUGUGGACGGCAAAGGAUGGAGGACGACGGGGUGCGGUGGUGCUUGGCCGUGGCCGUGGUAGCGCUGGCGUGCAUGGUGCUCAAGUUGGCGGACUUCCUGUGGUGGCGGCCGAAGCGAGUGACGGAGUACUUCGCGAAGCAGGGCAUCCGCGGUCCGCCCUACCGCUUCUGCUUCGGCUGCGUCCGGGAGAUGGUCGCCCUCGCGCUCGAGGCCUCCGCCAAGCCAAUGAUCCCCCAGAACUCCCACAACAUCCUUCCCCGCGUCCUCUCCUUCUACCACCACUGGAAAACAACCUACGGCUCCAUAGUGCUGCUCUGGUUCGGGCCUAGGCCGCGCCUCACUGUCGCCGAUCCCGAGCUCAUUCGGGAGAUCUUCCUGUCCAACACCGACGCCUUCGAACGGUAUGAGUCGCACCCGCUGGUCCGGCAGCUCGAGGGCGAGGGCCUCGUGGCCCUCCGCGGCGAGAAGUGGGCGUACCACCGCAAGGUCCUCAGCCCCACCUUCCACGCCGAGAACCUCAAGCUUCUGUUACCGUUUAUCGGGAAGACGGUGUUGGACAUGGUGGAGAAGCUGGCUGGAGUGGCCUCCGGCGAGGAGGUGGAGAUCGACGUGUCGGAGUGGUUCCAGACGGUGACUGAGGACUCCAUCACUAGGAUCGCCUUCGGACAGAGCUACAACGACGGGAAAGCUGUCUUCCGGCUGCAAGCGCAGCAGAUGGCCUUCGCUGCCGAGUGUUUCCGCAAGGUCUUCAUCCCUGGCUACAGGUUCUUGCCGACGAAGAUGAACACGGACUCGUGGAAGUUGGAGAAGGACAUGAAGAGGAGCUUGGAGAGGCUGAUCGAGCUGCGAAAGAAGCGUUCCGACGAGGACGAGAAAGGGAAGAGGCAAGAGGGCAACGCGAAGGACCUGCUCGGUCUCAUGAUCGAAGCGAGCACCGGGAAGCAGAGGGCUUCGCCGCAGCUAUCCGCGUGGAUGACGGUGCGGGACAUCGUGGAGGAAUGCAAGACGUUCUUCUUUGCCGGAAAGCAGACGACGUCGAACCUGCUUACGUGGACGGCGGUGGUCCUCGCUAUGCACCCCGAUUGGCAGGAGCGCGCCAGGGCGGAGGUCCUCCGCGUUUGCGGCAGCAGAUCUGAUGAGCUCGUCUCCCGUGAGGAACUGACCAAGCUCAACACGUUGGGGAUGAUACUAUACGAGACGCUCCGGCUGUACCCGCCGGCGGUGGCGACGAUCCGGAGAGCAAAAGUGGACGUGGACCUUGGCCACUACCGCGUGCCGCGGGGAACAGAGCUGAUGAUCCCGAUCAUGGCCGUGCACCACGACGCGCGGCUGUGGGGUCCGGACGUGGCGCAGUUCAAUCCGGCACGGUUCGCCGACGGAGCCGCCCGCGCGGCCACCCACCCCGCGGCUUUCAUGCCCUUCGGCCUCGGGCCGCGCACGUGCAUCGGCCAGACCGUCGCCCUCCUCGAGGCCAAGCUCACUUUGGCCAUCCUCCUCCGCCGCUUCGCCAUCCGCCUCUCCCCCUCCUACGUCCACGCCCCCACCGUCCUCAUGCUGCUCUACCCCCAGUACGGCGCCCCCCUCCUCUUCCGCCCUCUUCCUCCGCCACCCUCCGACGAUCCAAAUCCAAACCUCUCCUCGUGACGCCUCCUCCCCACCCUGUUUUGUGUAUUGCAGGUUGACUAAUUAAGCCCCUGCAACCUUGUAAGCUCGUGACCAGUGACUCCCACCAUUACUGACUCGGCAAUGUAAAAGCUUGCCACAAAUUUGGUGGAACAGCUCUCUCAAUAGUUUGAUUUCAUUUUAGUCAAGUAAAUUCUCCAAAUAAACGCAUCUUAAAUCUA